CUAAAUUUAUGUCAAGAUGUUGCAACGAUAACAAAACAAUACAAAUUAAAAACAAUCAAAUUUACUAUUUUCUAUUGUUCCCUUCCUGUUAUUUUUCAAAAUUUAUUGUUCAUAAGGGUUUUAGAAAUAAUACAACACCUUAUAACCCUGAUAUUAGACUUAUUUUUUUAAGUCAUUUCUCCAUUUCUCUAUACAUACGAAAAAAGAUGUUUUACUUUAGGUUGGGCAACUUCAAGUAAAGACUUUAAUGACAAAUUGUUGUAAAAAAUUGUUACGCUCAAGGAAGAAUGUUUUUAUCUAAAAUUUGUGCUUUUGGUGAAAAUGGCCCUUACAAAGGAGAUUCGGGAGAGCCUCUUAAUUGCGAAUCAAUGCAAAUUGGUACAGUUUCAAGAGGAGAUAAAGAUAAUGAUGGUUCGUCUAUCUACACAGACGUUGGAAGUUAUAACGAGUGGAUCGAUAGUCAAAUUUUAAACAAUAGUAUUUCUUAUGUUGAAUGGUUACUAUACAAAUCAAUGUUACACAUUGUUUUUUGCCUAAAUCAAAAUAUGUAGCCACGUUGACAAUAAACACAAAAGAAGUACUGAUUACCAUUGUCAAUUACAUUGUUCUUGAAAUUUUAUCUCGCGAUAACUUUGUAUAAAUCUCUACAUUAAUUUUUUUAUCACUGUUGUCCAAAAUGUCAAAGCAAGCAAUCCUGUUAGCCUUUCUGGCUCUAAGCCAUUACAGUGUCUGCGAACCCAACUUAAAGCUCAUUCAGGCUCACGUUGCACCCUCAAAAGUUCGAAUUAUAGGAGGAGAUGAAGUAGUACCUCAUUCCGUUCCAUAUCAAGUUGGUGUAAAAAUCAAUGGAAAUGCCUUCUGUGGGGGAGCUCUUAUUUCAUCAAACUAUGUUCUUACAGCUGGUCAUUGUUGCGAAGUAAUUAACUCAGUUGAUGUGAUUUUGGGCGCUCACAACAUUUCUAAUCCUUCAGAAGACACCCAAAUCAUAAUCUCUAAUAACGAAGUCAAAAACCACGAAAAAUAUGAUUCUGCAACUCUCCGCAAUGAUAUUUGCUUGAUUCAGUUGUCAGAAUCAGCCCCUAAUAAUAAUAAUAUUCAAGCAGCAAAACUACCACCCAGUAGUGAUUCAGGUAGAAGUUAUCUCGAUGAAACGGUCACAGCUACUGGUUGGGGCUUGUACAAAGAUGUUCCUUUUCCAACUACUAGAGACAUGUCUGAUGUUCUUUUGAAAGUCGAUGUGCAAGUUUCGAAUUUAACCGAAUGUGGAAUGUAUUACAAUGACGAUGAUACUACUUAUGUUGUCAAUACAAACCUUUGUACUUCGGGAUACAGAAAUAAAGGAACUUGUAAUGGAGAUUCUGGUGGUCCUCUAAGUCUAGAUGGGGUGCUUAUUGGACUUACGUCUUUCGGAACAGAAUUGUGUGAAAUGUGCAGUCCUUCGGUGUAUACAAGAGUCGUGGAUUACCUAGACUGGAUUGCUGAAAAUUCUGAUGUAAUAAUUUUAUAACUAAAUAACUAAAUAACUAAAUAAGGUUUUUAUAACAACCAAAUAUAGCACGGAAACAGUUGUUCUUACCUUUCAACUAAAUAUCUUUCAAUCUAUAUGUAUAAAUGUCGUAAUUUGAUGAU